ACGGCACUACUACGUCACACACGUUGCUCGGCAGCAGAAGAGCCACUGAAGGAAAAUGUAUGGCUGGCUGGAGAUGUGUAGCCCGGGAUUAACCGACAAAACACAGACUGAUGGAAAACGCACAGAGGCCUGAAAGAGAUGGACACUGUGGGGGAUGAGAAAGAUGAAAGUUGUGAAGAAAAUGAAGACGAGGCUCCAAUGAGGCGUACCUUCUCGGUAGAAGACCUCCUUGAUGAGGUGGAGAAGAUCUGUUACGAUGCCUCAGGGACGUCAAAGGUGGAAAUGGUGGUGAGGCUCUGGAAGGAUGGCUUCACUGUUAAUGAUGAGGAGUUUCGCAGCUACUCCAUACCAAAGAAUCAGGACUUCCUGGAUUCCAUCAAAAGGGG